AUGGACGACAAUGAGAACUAUUUGGAGUACUCCAAAAUGAACUUCUCACAGUUCUCGUCACCGUUUGGCGGGGCACUAGCAGCGAAUCAGUUUGCGGCAGCGAAAUUUCCCCCGAAUCUCGCCACAGCCAAUGGGCAGGUGCUCGGUUUGGUCUCGGGAGCCGAUGGUGGCAUGCAAUUUCUUCGGCCAAUGGACGGAAGUGCGAUGGCGGCCGCGACUGCCUUCCAGCAGCAACAACAGGCCGCCGCAGCGGCAGCGGCCGCGGUUAACAUGCAGCAAGCAACACCCGCCUACAUCACGCUUCCCAUAACGAUGCCCGGUGCAAAACCAGGCGACGCACAACAAACGGUACAGAUCCAGGUGCUAAAUCCAAACCCGAUGCCACAGCCGGCUCAGCAAGCUCCAAAGUUUCAAAUGGGUCAGAUGCAAAUACCAAUUCAAGGUUUCCAGCAGGGAACCACGGUUCUGACGGUAGCUUACGGACCACAGGACGAAGAGAUGAUGCACAACCAUGGUCUUCCGGAGGGAAUGACGAUAGUGGCUGCAUUACAACCCCAAGAUCUGCAAUUGCUAGCACAAGCUCAGAACGCUUCACUGCUCCAGCAGCAGCAGCAACAACAACAGCAGCACCAUCAGCAGCAGCAACAAAUUCAAAACAAUGAUCCACCCAUUCAUCCGAAUAUAAAAAUAGAGAAUGACCAACCUCCACCCAUACGGCAGAUCAAACAGGAAGCAGUAUGGAAUAGCAUCCCCAAUCUCACAGCAGCCCCAGCCUUCGGUGCCGACAUUGCGGAGUUCCUGCAGCAGCGCGGUCAAAGCUUGAACCUGCAGCCGUUCCUUAAAAUCAACAAUAACAACAACAACGAGACGAAUGUACCUUUAGCCCAUGGCGACCAUCUGAUAGGAGGGUCCAUACCGAACACGCCCGGUACCACUACCUUCAUCAAGCGGGAAAUCAUCGAAGAAAAUUCCAAUGACAACACGCAAUUCGGAGCGGACAGCAGUCAGGCGGACAGUAGCUUCAAAGAUACCAGCAGCAUAUCGGGAGACACCACCAGCAGUACCCUGCAGGAAGCGACCUCAACACACACGACCGCCGCGGCAACCUCCACGACGGCACCCGGCGAGAAUGGGACCCCCAUAACGACGGCCAAGGCUCGGAAAAAACGGAAGUACAAAUCUAAACCACCGAAGCCGAAGCGCCAGAAACCGGGACAAGUGCAUAUCACCACCGCCCUCGACGGGACGGUUCUGUUCUGCUGCCCCGAGUGCCACAUGGCCUACCCGGAAAAGGAGUGCCUUGAGCAGCACCUGGCGGUGCACAAAAUCGAGCGACGGUUCAUCUGCGAUAUCUGCGGGGCGGGUCUCAAGCGGAAGGAACACCUCGAGCGGCACAAGCUCGGUCACAACCCGGAACGGCCGUACAUCUGCAGCGUGUGCCUGAAGGGAUUCAAGCGGAAGGAGCAUUUGAAUCUGCAUUUCGUGAUUCACAGCGGUGUGAAGACGGAGAUUUGCGGCGACUGUGGGAAAGGUUUCUACCGAAAGGAUCAUCUCCGCAAGCACAUAAAGUCGCACAUGACGAAACGGUUGAAGGAGGAAAUGUCCGGCAGCGGAAACAGCUCGGCAGGCCGCACCAACAGUAGCAAUGGCAAUAAUAGCAAUCCCGACACGACGUCGUCGGCUGCGACGCCGGUAUCGCUCGCCUUACCGGCAGGCAUACCACCCGGUCUGACAAUAACCACUAGUACAAACUCGAUGCAGAACCUCAACCCGCCUCAGCCUUCCCCUCUCACGCAGGGUAUUUGCCUGCCCCAGGGUGUUACGAUACACGUUCCGACAUCGGACAAUCAAACGCUACCGGUGCAAAUCUCACUUCCACAAUUGGUCGCUCAACAGCAAACCGCUUCGGAUGGUACGACGAGUACCGUCCUAGUGCCAGCAUCCGAAGCCCUGCAACAACAGCAGCAUCAUUCGGAUGGCAAUCAACAGCAGCAGCAACAGUAGCAUUAGCAGCAGCUGAUGGUCGUAGUCGGAUGCUAAUCUUACGCGAUCGUCAGCAUAAACCAAAAACCAUGCAUGCUAACAAAAAAAGAACAAACAAAAAAUCGGUACGCCUUCUCGGUCAUAAGUAAAACAAUGCAUAGCAGCCGACACUCGGGAAAAUCUCUCUCUCGGCUGGCUAAGGAAUCGAUUCGAAUACUCAUUUUAUAAACUAUUUAAUUAGCUAGGACAAUUAUUUGCUCGGUCUCGUCGAAAAAGAAAAAAAAAACACAUCACGAGACGCGAGCAGCAUGCAGCAGCGAAUCCCAAAAGUCGUACGAUAGUUGGUCCGCUUUUACCGUUAGCAUAUUACCUACUGAUAGAAUGUACCUUACUGUUAUUCUAUGAGAAAAAAAACACUAAAACAUAGGGAAAGCGAAAAAGACAAACGUGCAUUUGUUGGAAUCGUUUCUUGUGCAAGAGUUUUGUUCCGGUACCGUCGAUGUCCGGUUUGUGGUCCCCAUCCCCCAAAAGAAAAGCCACAAACGAGGUAACAGUAAAACUGUAAUCAUAUACCAUAAAGAAUACGAAUUGUUGUUUCUUUGUUUUAAAGUAUAUUUUUUCAUAGUAUUUAAUUUUUUACCCUCCAUUAUUUAUUAGGAAGCUGAAUAAAUCGGCGGUUAACAUUAAUCAUCUCUGUUGUUAUGUCUCCUCCACCAAUCGCGCGAUUUUUUAAUCGUAUAUUUAAAUUAUUUAUUGAUUGUCCCAUAUCUUCGAUUUUUAAACACAUCACACACACGCACCCAUCGCGCCCAAAUUGUUGGAUCUAUUUCUUUUUCCUGGCAGCUAAACAAUGCUGUGAAUGAAUAACCGUAUAACUCACAGGACAAAAUAGAAAGAAACACAACCAAUCGAAUCGAGUUUAACUAGUUUUAAGUCACCGGCUGUACGCGCGGAAAAAGUAUUCUCAGAUAGAACAGUAAGACGGCAGGAGUGCGAAUCGCGUAUACCCUACAUAUACCUACUACUUGUUUGUUGUUGGAACCGAAAAUCAAACAUAUU